AGACCAAGGGAGUCGUUCGGAGACAUCCAUCUUAUUUUGUUUGAAAAGUUACUCGUCCAAGUUGUCACUGCGUGACAGCCUGGAAUAAAGCUAAUUUGCGACCGCCCCUCCUCUCUUCCCUGAAGGUCUCGGAGGCAGCAAGGCUGACGCGGUGCUAAAUUGGGCGGGGACUCCGCACCCCAGCUCUCCCGCGCCAGAGCUCAGAGCUGAGCAGCUUGGCAGCCGGAGCCCACGAAGGAUGAGGACAUCGACUUUCGGGAUAAAGGCUGAGUGAAGAAAAAUCAGGCCCGAGUGAAAUCAGGAGGAGGGAACCCAGGGGGCCGCCUCCCCGUGCCAGGAGGCGCGCUUUGCACCCGUGAAAAUACACGGGAGCACCAGCUGCUCUGGGCAAGCGCCCCAGGAGCGCUGGGACCAACUCUCCACGUCCGAUGCCGGGUUGGAGCUGCAGAAGUUAGGGGAGGGCCACAACUCCCUGCAGCCGCCGCCCGGGCCCCUACGCGCGGGACCCUGCUCAGCCCACGCGGCAGCAGCAAACACUUUGGCGUGGCCGGGGGCGUGGCCGAGGAAGCGGGCCACGCCCCUCUUUCCCAAUUCCCCUCCACUUUCCGCUCCCAUUGGUCACGAGGAUGGCCAAUGAGCGCUCGGAUCGAGGUCCUACCCUGGGUCUGACUCCGAAGCUCCUGCCAAAACUUUGGGAGUUUUUAGAGAGGAGUUUUUUUUUUUUUUUUUCUUUUUUUUUUUUUUUUUUUUUAAGCUAACGGAUUAUUAUUGUUGUUGUUUUAAAUUUAGCUCGUAGGGCUUAGCUGUUUGGGUUUUCUUUCGGUGCCCGGCCCCUGUCUCCCCGGCUUCCCUGGAGUGUGCGGAGCCGCGGCCCCUGCCCGCCUAGCAGCUCCAGAGCCCCUCGCUCGCCUCCGGCCCGCGGGGAGCGCGGGCGCCACGCCGCCUUUAAAGUGAGGCCAGGGGCCGAGGCUGUGACCGGCCGGGAUCCGGGCCUCGCCUCCUCCCUCGGUGGCGCUAGGGCUCCCUGGCCUGUCUUCAGUGCGGACGGAGAAGCGAAAGCGGAUCGUCCUCGGCUGGGCUGCCGCCGCCUCCGCGACCCAGAGCGCCCCUCCCCGCGCACCCACCCACCCAGCUACCCGGCCGGGCCCGGCCGGGCCGCGGCGGCGCUCGGCGCACCCAGCCAGAAUGUUCGCCGCCGGGCUGGCUCCCUUCUACGCCUCCAACUUCAGCCUCUGGUCGGCCGCUUACUGCUCCUCGGCCGGCCCGGGCGGCUGCUCCUUCCCCCUGGACCCCGCCGCGGUCAAGAAACCCUCCUUCUGCAUCGCAGACAUCCUGCACGCCGGCGUGGGGGAGCCGGGGGCGGCCCCGGAGGGUCUGGCGGGGGCCUCGGCCGCCGCCCUCACCGCGCACUUGGGCUCGGCUCACCCGCACGCCUCUUUCCAAGCUGCCGCCAGAUCCCCGCUUCGACCCACCCCGGUGGUGGCGCCCUCCGAAGUCCCGGCUGGCUUCCCGCAGCGGCUGUCUCCGCUCUCAGCCGCCUACCACCACCAUCACCCACAGCAACAACAGCAGCAGCAACAACCACCGCAGCAGCAGCAGCCUCCGCCUCCACCCCGGGCUGGCGCCUUGCAGCCUCCGGCCUCUGGGGCGCGGGGGGUCCCGAAUCCCCCCCAUAGCGGCUCGGCCCCGGCCCCCUCCAGCAAGGACCUCAAAUUUGGAAUUGACCGCAUUUUGUCUGCAGAAUUUGACCCCAAAGUCAAGGAAGGCAACACGCUGAGAGACCUCACGUCCCUGCUAACCAGCGGGCGGCCCGCAGGCGUACACCUUCCCGGCCUGCAGCCUUCUGCCGGCCAAUUCUUCGCGUCUCUAGAUCCCAUUAACGAGGCUUCUGCCAUCCUGAGCCCCUUAAGCUCGAACCCGAGAAAUUCAGUCCAGCAUCAGUUUCAAGACACGUUUCCAGGUCCCUACGCUGUGCUCACGAAGGACACCAUGCCGCAGACGUACAAGAGGAAGCGCUCAUGGUCCCGGGCUGUCUUCUCCAACCUGCAGAGGAAAGGCCUGGAGAAAAGGUUUGAGAUUCAGAAGUACGUGACGAAGCCCGACCGAAAGCAGCUGGCCGCGAUGCUGGGCCUCACCGACGCGCAGGUAAGCCGGUUCAGGCGCCCGCGCACCGCUCCCUCGGGGCGCGGCCUAGCCCCAGGGCUCCCUCCGCCCCGGCCCAUUCUCCUUCUGCGGGGGAAACGCAGGGUCUUGAAUUUCUCGAGACCUCGUACACGUCGAAACUUGAGGCAGGAGGAGGGGGGAUGUGGGGGUGAGAAGGACGGAAAGAAUAGCCCAUCCCCAAAGAUGUAUGUCAACAACCGCAGCAUGUUUAUUUUGGCCAAAAGGCAAAAGAACAGCAGAGAAAGCGAAUAGGCCGCAGGAGAUAAUAAUUAUGUACUCGACUGUAGUGCAAUUCGCUGUAGGAGGCAAUUUAUUUCAGAAGAGAUAAAAAUCCAAAGUCAAGAGAUUGUUGUUGGUCCCCCCCCCUUCUUCCUCCCUCCUCCUCCUCCUGCUGCCGCUGGAUUGUGAAAUCCCCAUUUGUGAGGAAGUGAAAACAUCAUUUCAAACGGAAUUACUUAGUAGGGUCAGGAGUGCCCUUAGAGCAGAG